UUAUAUCAGGCUGGAGAUGGGGUAAACAUGUAGAUAAGAUCUUGUGCAAAAUCUGUAUAUGGGUAUGUAUGUUUGUUUUUAUGCAUGUGUCCAGUUAUGUACAGUAUAUACACAUACGAAAUGCAUGCAUAACCAUUUUGGACCUUCUUGCCACUGGAUUAAGACCAAGACCUCCCUCAGUCAAGAUAGUGUAUACCAGCUGGUGUCUACUAGUUAUCUCAGACACACACAAAGAUGUCACACACACAGGCAUUGUUUGCUGCCCCUAUUCUCAAAAAGAUCAACUACGAUUAAUAAAUAUUCACCACAUUUUUCUCUAUCACUGGCACCUUCAGUGUCAUUCUCUCUCGGUCUCCAUCCUAUCAACAGACACGUCCCUUGUUCUCGACACUUUCCUGUCCCCAACUUAAAACGUGUUCUCACUUUAACUAGUUCUGAAAAAAGAUCAUCAGUCUGAAACAUUCAAUGCUUCUUUCUCAGCUCGACUUGAGUAUUUUAAAUAUAUUCUGAUUCUUUUUGCGAAUUUUCACAAUCCAUGGUGUUGCUCGCAAAAAUUAAGGCGUUCCCUUAUGUAAACGUAGACGGAAAGGCAUUUCUUUUAAGUGAAAAGAGCCAAAAACCGCCUGACUUCUCAAGUAACCCAACGAAGUCUACAAAACAUCUGCCCGACUUCCUUCCAACCUUAUCGGUUUGUUUCUGGAUAUCGAGCUUCCUAGCGUAGGGCGCGCAUUGUGGAAAGACACAAAUACUUCUUAGUUCUGGGUAUUUCACUUUGUCCGUCUAAUCGAUGGUGUUAAUCCAUUCGCAACUGGGGGAAAUUACAUAAUUUAUCUUUUGCCGAACAAAAUACUGAUUUAAGAACUUUCACAACUAAAAUGGAUACAAUGUAAUAUUUACGAUUUAUUUGAAACAAUUAAAUCAAUCCAUUAAAAUUUCGAUCAUUAGCGCACCACGUUAUCUCAUACGCCUUAAGGGAGAAGAGCGGUAUCUGAUGCUUGCAGUGUGUAAACGCCUCAGCGCAAGGAAACCCACAGAAUAAAACUGAUGAAGCAGCUUCUCGUAUCCAGUUUUCGGUGCUCCACCGAUAUAUUGAUUCUGAGAAAACAAAACUACACCGAGUUUUGUCAAACACAACUCUUAAUUUGCCACUUUGGUUUGGAUUUCUGAAGGGAGAAAAAUGUACGGGAUUUGCUUGGUGGGGGAAAAAAAAUUGCUGGCGAUUUGCAUAGUAACAAAUGCUUUCAAACUUUGCAACCUCUGGUAUCAGAAGAAGUCCUUUAGUCUCGCGGUACAAUUGGCCGCUUGCGGUCACGUUGUGGAGCUCAAACAAGGAGCCAUUUUAAUAGUGGAUUUGUCAGUGGAUAGGGGGAAGAGGCGUGAGCACGGAGUGAAAGGAAUAAGCAGUGCUCUCUAAGGAAGAGUUCUGGGAAAUUAUGGCGAUGGCCACUCCACAGACCCGGCAGCGGGCGAGCAGCAGGAGCGCUGCGAGUACACCGCUCAGCCCAACCCGCAUCACCCGCUUGCAGGAGAAGGAGGACCUGAGGAACCUCAAUGACCGGCUCGCCGUCUACAUCGAUAAGGUGCGCUCGCUGGAGACGGAGAACAGCGCUCUGCAGCUGCAGAUCUCCGAGAAGGAGGAGGUGACCACCCGGGAGCUGAGCGGCCUCAGGAGCCUGUACGAGAAUGAACUGGCAGACGCCCGUAAAUCCCUGGACGAGACGGCGAAGGAUCGGGCGCAGCUGCAGAUUGAACUGGGAAAUCUCCGCGGUGACCACGAAAGUCUUUUGCAAACCUUUGCCAAAAAAGAAUCUGAUCUACAUGCAGCGCAGGUUCAUGUCAAAGAUCUUGAAAGUGCACUUCAUGCCAAGGAAGCUAGCCUCUCUACAGCACUGAGUGGAAAAGAGGCGCUUGAGGAAGAAGUUGAGGAUUUGCAAGCACGUCUUUCAAAGCUGGAAGUCUCUUUAGCUGCUGUGAGGAAACAGCUUGAAGAUGAAACACUCUUGCGAGUGGACCUUGAAAACCGUUGUCAAAGCCUCACAGAAGAACUUGAGUUCAGAAAAAAUGUGUAUGAGGAGGAAAUCAAAGAAACUAAAAAGAGACACGAGACCCGUCUGGUUGAAGUGGAUACAGGGCGCUUGGUGGACUAUGAGCAUAAACUGGCCCAAGCUCUACAAGAAUUAAGAGAACAACAUGAUCAACAGGUGAAAGUCUAUAAAGAAGAACUGGAGAAAAAUUUCCAGAAUAAGCUUGAAAAUUCAAAGCUUGCAUUGGAGAUAAACACCAAGUCGGCCAAGGCAACUGAAGAGGAGCUAAAGGAAAAUUACAUGCGAAUAGAGAACCUCAGCACUCAGUUAUCAAGCUUGCAAAAAAAUGCAAAAAUGUGGCAAGAACGAGUCCAGGAAUUGGAAGAAUCUCUGGAAAAAGAAAAAGAUGGAAAUCGAAGGCUCUUGCUAGAAAAGGAGAAAGAAAUGGCUGAAAUCAGAGCACAGAUGCAACAACAGCUAAACGAAUAUGAAGAUCUUUUGGAUGUCAAGUUAGCUUUGGAUAUGGAAAUUAGUGCAUACAGGAAACUCUUGGAGGGUGAAGAAGAAAGAUUGAAGUUGUCGCCAAGUCCAUCUUCGCGCGUGACCGUUUCUCGUGCCACAUCAAGUCGCAGUGUCCGCACAGCUCGUGGAAAGAGAAAGCGUGUUGAUGUUGAAGAGUCUGAGGCCAGCAGUAGUGUUAGCAUUUGCCAUCAUGCUUCUGCCACUGGGAAUAUCGUCAUCGAGGAACUGGAUGUAGAUGGCAAAUUCAUACGCCUUAAGAACAAUUCUGAACAGGAUCAACAUAUGGGUGGCUGGGAGCUGAUCAGAAAGAUUCAUGAUACAACUGCCUCUUACAAGUUUACUACUAAAUAUGUGCUGAAGGCUGGACAGACCACUACUAUCUGGGCUGCUGAUGCUGGUGUAGCAUCUACUCCACCAAGCAAUCUGAUCUGGAAGAAUCAAAAAGCUUGGGGCACAGGGGCAGACGUGAAAGUAACCCUCAGGAAUUCUCAGGGAGAGGAAGUGGCUGAGAGAACUACAGUCUUUACCACUACUCCACCAGAGGAAGAGGAGGUGGAGGAGGAAGAAGUUGAGAUUAAAGAUGAAGACCUUUUCCAUCAACAAGGAGAUCCAAGAGCAGCUAACAGAAGCUGUGCAGUAAUGUGAUCAGCAUCUUCCAAGACCACGUCUUCAAAAACUUAUUACUGCCUAUGUUAAACUUUUAAUAUUUAGAAAUUCAAAAUAUUUUUGUAUUUUGUAUUUUAGAUAUUUUCAUUUCCUUUUGUACACAUGACAUGGAUCAGGUCUUUUUUAUACUAUUACUGAGCAUUUUUAGAACAUUGCAAAGACUAGAAUUUAACAAAACUUAAUGUGAAUGACUUUUUAAAACUACAGAAGAUGUUUAUCUGAACCUGAUUACAGAUGAAGCCAAUGAAAAGUAAUUUGUGUAGUUGCAGAAACCAGAGUCAUCAUGGGCAGCUUACAAAUGUGAACUUGACUUUGAAUUAAAAUCUAUAGCAGGAAAUGGGUGAAAAGGCAUUUUUGGUGAAGACUUGUAAAUUUAUAAAUAGAACAGCACAUUAAUCUUGAUGUCUUUUUUAAAAAUUGCUAAUGCUAGGUUGGCCAAAAUGUACCACAAAAAAACUUUGAAAAAUUGUUUGUAGUGUACCCUUUUAGUGGAGGGGAAUAUGGUAUGCAGACGUUUUAAUUAGGUGGUGGCCUACUUGAGUUUCCAUGGUAAAUAUAAAUAAAACUUGUUAUUUUCUGGA